AGCUGCCGAGAUCGAGCCGUUGGCGUUCAAAAUCAGCCAAUGAUAGGCCUGCUCCGGAGCUUCCUCUACGCCUCCUUCAGCCUGCGAGUACUGGGAGGGAAGCGGGGCGCUGGUGGCCGGUGCAGAAACGUUGCCUAGACGGACACGAGAUGACAGGUUCGAACGAAUUCAAGCUGAACCAGCCACCCGAGGAUGGCAUCUCCUCGGUCAAGUUCAGCCCCAACACCUCCCAGUUCCUCCUGGUCUCCUCCUGGGAUACGUCCGUCCGCCUCUACGAUGUGCCCGCCAAUUCCAUGAGGCUCAAGUACCAGCACACUGGCGCUGUCCUGGACUGCGCCUUCUACGAUCCAACCCAUGCCUGGAGUGGAGGAUUAGAUCAUCAACUGAAAAUGCAUGAUUUGAAUACUGAUCAAGAAAAUCUUGUCGGAACUCACGAUGCCCCCAUCAGAUGUGUUGAAUACUGUCCAGAAGUGAACGUGAUGGUUACUGGAAGUUGGGAUCAGACAGUUAAACUAUGGGAUCCCAGAACUCCUUGUAAUGCUGGGACCUUCUCUCAGCCGGAAAAGGUGUACACCCUGUCAGUGUCCGGGGACAGGCUGAUUGUGGGCACAGCAGGCCGCCGUGUGCUGGUGUGGGACUUGAGGAAUAUGGGCUACGUGCAGCAGCGCAGGGAGUCCAGCCUGAAGUACCAGACUCGCUGCAUCCGCGCGUUCCCGAACAAGCAGGGUUACGUGUUGAGCUCCAUUGAAGGCCGAGUGGCCGUAGAAUACUUGGACCCAAGCCCUGAGGUUCAGAAGAAGAAGUAUGCCUUCAAGUGUCACAGGCUAAAGGAAAACAACAUUGAGCAGAUUUACCCAGUCAACGCCAUUUCCUUCCACAAUAUCCACAAUACGUUUGCCACAGGUGGUUCUGACGGAUUUGUAAAUAUUUGGGACCCAUUUAACAAGAAGCGCCUGUGCCAGUUCCAUCGCUACCCCACCAGCAUCGCUUCCCUUGCCUUCAGUAAUGACGGAACCACGCUUGCAAUAGCAUCGUCAUAUAUGUAUGAAAUGGAUGACACGGAUCAUCCUGAAGAUGGUAUCUUCAUUCGCCAAGUGACAGAUGCAGAAACAAAGCCCAAGUCCACGUAGUCAUUUGGUGAAAGCGGUUUCUCUGUGGAAGGCUUUGUCUGCUUCCUACAAACACGUGCUUCCCCCUAAGGGCUGCCUGUAGUCGUUGGACACUCGGUGUAGUGUGUAGAUGUUUCCUGUCAUAACAGAAAUGUCUCUCUGUACUCUGUUCUCUGUACUUGUUCGGGGUGGAGGCCUUGUGCCCUUGUGCAGUAGUCUGACGGGCCUCCUGCUCCUAAGCAAGCCCCGUUGCUGUUUGUGUUCUGGCUCUUUGUAGCACAAUCUAAAACUGUUCUAUUUUUCUGCUGUCCAAUAAAUAAGAGAUUUGAAACUUUUAAAA